AGGGCGGGUACGGAGGAGGUUCCUCGUUUACACGCGCGCAUAUCUUGCUUCCGGGCUCUUCAGAGUUUUCCUCUGAACUACCUCUCCCGUCUUGCUUGCCUCUACACACCAACGCUGGAGCAUUGUUCUGGUUGCGCUCGCAUUCCGUUCUGCCUGCCUGCUUCCCCACGACCGCGGACGACAUUGCCUCGUUUGUCUUCGCAAAUCCAUCGAGUUUCGGUCAGGAGAAGGAGAAUCGAGGCCUUGUGCAGCGCGUUGCAGAUCUGACGAGAAGCGCGAGAGGGAGCAAGGAGAUCUUUGACGAGAGCUCGUAGCGCGUGUCUGUGUCAGGGCCAGCGAGUAGAGAUGGGCCGCGGUGUGAGCAGCGGUGGAGGACAGAGUUCUUUGGGGUAUCUGUUUGGUGACGACCGUCAGUCUGGGGGCAAGGCCGCCCCUCCCGCUCCCGCCGCUGUGCCUCAGGCGCAACCCGCACAACAACAAUCUGGUGCGGCUGCCAGCAAAGAGGCCGCGCAGGCCCAGGCCGCUCACGACAAGGUGCCGAAAGAGUUGCCUGCCGCCGGGAAGUCGGACAGUGGAACUUCGCUUAAUAUGGGAAAUCCAAGGCUCGGUAGAAACAACAAUAACUAUCACCGCUCUGACGGCCAAAAUACUGGCAACUUUAUCACUGAUCGUCCCACUACUAAAGUGCACGCCGCUCCCGGCGGAAGCUCAUCACUUAAUUAUUUAUUCCAGGGAACACCGAAACCUGACUCUAAGUAGACCCACCUUCAUGUACAAGAUUGCGCCCAGUCGACUCUGUGUGCACCUGCCUUGUGUCUGAGAUGACGUCUUUGGGUGCCGCCGCCAGCAAAGUCGUGCUUCCAGACGGUGGGCUUCUUAAAAGACAGGCGGCCCUCCCCCUUGUGACAGUCAUCCCUCUUUUUCCCAUCAGUAGCCACUUAACUGUGGUAUUUAGGAGAUAAUCUCAAGCUCUAGCUAUUGUAGUGAAUCAACCAAAAAAAUAGAUGUCGAUUUUGAGUAGUUGGAUCGUGUCCAGCCGUACGUGGAUUCAGAGAUCCCUCUGGUAUCAUUUGUUACUAUGAAAUGAAGCCAUUUUCAAUGGAAUCUGUCCAAUAUGCUCUUCGAAGAACUUCUGUAUGAUACGAGCUUUCCAUCAAUACAGUUUCAUUUAAAGAGUGUUUUUGUUUGU